AUGGCGAUAAAGAUUGAAACAGCCCGAACUCACUUUUUAAGCGACGUUUUUACCCCCGUGGCUAACGUGGGAUCCGUCAUACUCCCUACUGAACUUGAAGUAUUGACGCCUGUUAGUGAGGUAUCGCGAAUUCAGUGACGGAUCCGGGGGGAGGGCCCGGGGGGGCUUCGGAUCCUCCCUUCCAGACCUGACGCUUGUUCGAGAUUGAAAUUCUUACAUGGACAGGAUCGUAUAUCACUUUUUAACUGGCUGAUUUUUUCAAUGAAACGCGCGUUGCAUUUUGCCACUAAACAAAAUUCCUGGGAUAUUAAAAAAUGUGAUUGUUUUUGGGUACUCUCCUCUGCUCGCAAAGCAGUACUUCCCGCGCGAACGGCGACCGGCGCUCACAGAGGAGGAUGUUCCAAGGGUGUAUCCUUUACGGGUGCAUCCGUAAAAGGUAAAGGGCCAUAAAAUUAUAACGUAACCGCGCAACCGGGAGGGAUGGGGGUGGUGUUUGGGGGAAAAGUCCUUUCUAAACCAAAGUUUUGACCAGUCCUUUCUGAACCAAAGUUUGGACCCCCCCCACCCCGAUCAAAAAUUUCUGGAUCCGCACCUGGAGAAGGUGGUUGAUACUUGAAAAUACCGCACUUCUCUUCAUGUCUUCACGUUGUGUCAGCUCCCAAGAAGAUUCUUCGCUGUACGGCGCCUUUAAAAGGUCGCUCUUGGAGCCAAAGUGAUUGAAAAGAAUACCCGUAAACUAACUUGACGAGACCUUCAGUGGCGGUGGAGUUGAACCACCCGCGGCAAGCUGUUGAUAAGACACGUGAGCAAAAUUCCUUGAAAGAGGUGUCAUUUCAAAACACCGCUUACUUAUUUUUUUGUCAUGUCACCAAAUGCUACCAAAGAGAAAACUGAAGUAAAACAAAACAUUGUUCAAAAAAAAUAGCAAACAAAGUUUGGAUAAAACCUGCAGGAUUACAUAAGGGGCAGUGCGUGACGUUCCGCCCGCUGCGCAGAAAACUAAACCACUAUUCUUGUCAAACUAUAAUCAUAAAAACUAUUAGUGAUCUUGAACUCUCUUUUUCACUCUCUCUAGCGUCGAAAAUGGCUUCGUGAUACCUCAAAAUUUCGCACACCAAAUUUAAGAGCCGGAAUAUUAUGCUUCUUAGUUUCUAAAAGAAAGGGGAGAAAAAUUCUAAGAAAAACCUAUCUUCAAAAGAGAUAAAAAGAGUACGUAUUUUCACGAUGCUCAUCAACUACGCAGCCGCACUUCCCAGACCACUGUGCGUUUUGUGAAUCCCAUGUCAGUAGAUUACAGAUGAUUUCUUUCCAACACCACAUUGGUGAAAACACACAGCCUCACUCGUGGAGAAAACUGUCAAUAGAUCUUGGGCACUUGCCCCAGGCUCCUGAUGCCUCGUGAGACGCGCACCACUGCUGCUUUUCUCCGUAAACUGCUUGCGCUAUCGGCAGGACUAUCGAAUAAGAACAAAGACAAAAAUGCACUUGUCAUUACUUGUUGUCAGGAAAAUCACCUGAGAUCGAAAGAACUUAUUCAUCAAUACGUGUAAAUAAAUAGUAUUUACUAGUAUUCGGAAGAGUACCACAUGUCUAGGACAUACAAAAAUGCGUAUGACUACUAUGCGCGAAUCAAACGUCGAUGGCGGAAAAUUCGACGGGCAAGACUAUAAGGUCUCAUUUACGAUUCGUUUCUGAUAUUUUUGCCCGGACCUUUUGAAAACAAAACAAACUAUUUUACACAGUUUGCCAAGCCGGUUGAACGCUCCCUUUUACGAGUCUAAGAAAGCCAUUUAUAUUUUCGGUGGAGAGCUUUAAUCCAACUGGGAAACCGAACAACUGACGAAAGAACUCGUUUGAUGCCCAUGUGAGUACUAGCGUCCCUGUGUUAACAACGGUGCCUCUUUUGCGACAAGUUAAGUUUUGCGUACAGUGGAAAGUAUCAAGGAAAGAUGCCAAAGCUUGUAGCAUCACCUCAUUUGCGUCCCAAGUGCUUGGAAUGGAGGCCGGGAUGAAAAACGCACCGAAAACAGCGCAAGGUGCCUGAAAAAAGAGCGCAAACACACAAAAAGAACACGAGAAAAUCCUAAGGACGAAAGCAAACGGUUCUAUGAAAGUUUCUCUUAGUCUUCGGUUGCUUAGUCUUCGUAGCGAUCGUUUCUGUUUCCUCGUAGGGAAGCGGGAAAAGCGCGAAAAACGCGUGAAGGUACUGAUUAUCCAACUGUGCCUUGAGGUGGUACCUCGUUGCGCAGCUCUUGCAAAGGCCUCUAUUUUGUUUGCAAUUGUUCAAUUGUUCAUACGAGCGCUCGACGGUCUCUAAACAGAAUAUAGAGGGUCUUAUAACAGGCCUGUGUUAACGUUAUGCCAGAACAGAAUGCACCGAAAAUCAUUCUCUCAAGGCUAUGUUAUUUUUUAACGAAAUCGUCUCGUUCGCGGGAUAGCACUACGCUGCCUCGCAAAAUUUCGGUUGACAUUUAUACCAUAACUCAUCCCCGAGUACUGAAACACUUAAGCCCGAAAGAGGGCGAUUGGGGCAAUGAGUUCUUGAUCACACAUAAAUUCCAUAUUCCUUCAAUUUUCUCUUCAAGAGAAAUCUCGAUAGGAAGUUUUAGCCGUUUAUAACGUAGGUUCUGAAAAGUCUCAAAGGUGCGCCAGAUUAGGUCCCUAGCCAAUCCCGAAAAAACCAAUAUUGCUCUGGAAAGCACGAACCGCUCAUGUGCCCAGGCUAUGUGUAUGUAAGGCUGGCGAGAACGGGGAAUUUGACAAUAGUAGUUAGCAUUGGGGCGAAAAAUUGGUCACUAUGUGGGCAAGGUGAAGAUCUUUAACAUUCCGAAAAUAAACCCCUAUGUUUAUAGGCCUCUCAAGUACCCCAAAAUCCCAUUCGCAAAAGAGCCUUAGAUCUAUAAUUAGCCCCACCACCCCCACCCCACGUGGCUUAAAUCUCAUUUUGGGAAUUGUUCUGAUUCUCAAGCUAAAUCAAACACGUUGGAACUAAACGAGAAAAGCCCGGAUGUGAGUUGUCUCUCACAAGACCGAUUUUUAUGUCCUCUGAGCUGCCGUAUGAACUGCUGUAGUGACUGCGAAAAAAAACCCCGUAACUAACGACCAAAUCAUGACAAAUGGGGUUUCUCCUAAUAUAUUGCGGGCACUAUCAGCAGUUAUCAUGGUUAGUUACUGUGCUGUCUGUGCUUGUACCGAAUCCAAUUCUCAAUGCAAAGAUUGGCGUUGCAUUUGAAGUAUUAAACUGCCUUAACAAGUGUGACUCUGUACAACAGCCCCUGUAAAAAGGCUUUAGAAAACUAAAACUUCCGGGGUAUAAUUUAAUUCAAAAUCGGUUAUGGAACCUGGAUGCAGAUGCAGAGAGGGGAAAUCUGGGGGCAUUUUAUGAGGAAACUGUGCUCCUUGGUUACAUCAUGACUACAGACGUAUGGACUGCAAAAGCUGCACUGAAUUAUGAGGUAAAUACUGUUUUGCUUAUUAACUUCGUAAUUCCGAUAUAUUUUUAUCGUGGGAGAUAAAGGGGUAGGGACAUUUGACCGAUUAUUCUGACCAGGGGGUGCUGGAAGUUUAGAACCAAUUUUGGCGCAGGGAACGGGAAUUUGAACAGUUCCGUCUUCAAAAGUUCAAAUACCCGCAGGGAUGUGUUGAAGUUUAGAAUUAACCAGUGCAUUGUGUAUAUAUCAGGAACACUGAACUUUCAAGCAAUGAAAGAGUUUAUAAUGAUGAUUUUGAAAGUUUGUAAUCUAUUAUUUAUAUUACUACAAUAGUACGCGCGCUCUGAUUGGCUGCUAAGCCAAGAUUUUCUUGUAAUUACCGCGCAUUAGUAGCUAGGUGUCCAAAGCAUACAACCCAUGUUUUUAAACACAAAACUUGACACUGGACAUCCAUAUUAUGCUCAAUUGGCAGCUGUCAUAAAAAGCUAUCUGUUGACCAGUGUCACAUGACUGUAUCGCGGGCUCAAGUGUUAACUCAUUGAGGUGACGUGUUCUUUAUGUUAUCCGCUGACCGAUUUUUAAUUGACCGCGAACUCAGCUCCAAAAUAUCUCAUUGUGUAAGAAACAGUGUCUUUUUGUUUCGAUCGCACCGCAACUUCGUGUCGGUUCGAUGAACACGACCUCGAAUGACCUCUUUCGCGCGGAUGUUGAAAAUUAUUUCCGUUGUUUUUUAUUGUAUUCAUUUUAAGAAUAGCGCUGAACAGGCCACAUAAUAAAUCACUUAUUAACCUCGUCCUUUCGGUCAUUACAGGGAAAUCUCAGACCUCGGCCUUGAUGUAUUGACCUCGCUAACUCCCUGUAAUGGCCUCACUCUCGAUUAACUAAUAAGUCGGUAUAUAACUCUCGGCAAUUGCCAGGGCAGGCAGAAUUAUGCACCCAUAUGGAAAGCCGGAAAACAUGCACACCCUGUUUGUUCUUCAUGCACACAAAUAUGCAGCAAUCACGACACAAGGGGGAUCAUAAUAAAAUUGAAGUGACUUAACUUGGACAACGAAUCCUGUAAAAGACAGAGUGGGUCCGUUUAAGGACAUUGUCACCAUAUAAAGCCUUGUUUCAUGGCCUGUUAACCAUGAACCAGAUGUUUUUAAACAUCUGGUUACAAGUACAAACUUUCCCUUGCUUUGGUCAAAUAACUCGCCUGAGUUUCUCCAGCCGAAAGUUAAGUCUGACUUUUAGGCUUACAUCUGAACUUGUAGCACAUCUCAUUAAAACCUCAUGCCGGAUGUCAGUUAUUAUAAUUACUUGUUUUUCACCUGGUUCUUCAAAGACAAAGCGCGAUCGGCGUAAAACUGAGUCUGCAGUCAUAGCAAGCGCGCGUGAGGCAAAAAUUGUCUCUAUUCUCUUCGCACACUAUCCACUUGUUAGACGCUGAACUUGUUGUUCAGUGAAAACGAGAAUUGAAGGAGGACUUACAACCGUAUUUUGAGGCCGAUUUCGAAAGGUUACCUACUGAUCCUUAGUUUCCUUCUUUCGAAUUAUUAUGGCCCAGAAAAUCGAAUUUCAAAUUUAGCCGUGUUUUGAUAACAUUCAAAGACAUUUGGUGAAAUUCAUUUCCCUUCGUGAAAUAAUACUGAAUUCUAAGAAACCCGCGGGACGGGGGGGUGGGGGUAAUUUAUUACAAACAACUGCAAUUCAAGGGGCCGGGGGAGGAGGCUUUAUAAAGACGACGGACACCAACGAUUGACGGGGAAGUUUGCAUAGACAUUAUUGACCUUUUUGGCCAUUUAAAACCCGGGAGAGUUUCGAUCACUUACCUGCCUUUGUGAACUAAACAAUACCCAUGAAGGAAAUAGCAAGAUUUAUAAACUCUAUUCUAAAUCCAUUAAUUCAACCACGCAAGAUGUUGGAAGAACACAAACGUUAGGUGGAUACCCUACUACAUUCCUCGAUGUAAUUUGCGCCCAUUCAAGGGAUGCGCGCUGUGUUUUCUCUUGUCCCGCUCCUGUCGAAAUUUUGAUCCCUGGAAACUAGGCCAGAGUUGAACGAGCGGCCAUAUCACGUGACUGCAGGGCUUUUUGCUUCAUAAGCCGUUUCCUCGUUUUUUUAGACACGAGCUGGCCGGCUAAACUGUCGGAUAGAAAUUGCUUUCGCACAAAAAGCUAUUUUCACAGGUAAUUUGGCUCAGCGAAGGCGCUUUGUUAGCGGCCAUGUGAAAGAACAGAACAACGUAAACUCCCCGAUGCGGUAACUGAAACGAGGCACACACGGAUUGUUCUCUAACUGGGCAUUCGAGUACCUCUUUACCAUAAAAAAAGGAAGCGUUUGACUAUUCCUAAGGACGUCUGCAAGGGAGGCUAUAUCAACUUACAUUUCGACGAACAGCCGAGAAAAUAAUUCAACGAUUUCCAAGCGGUCGUAAGUAUCUUUUAAGCAGUGUGUUUUACCUGAAAACAAGCUAAAACCUUUUGUAUCCACACGAAUCCUUUCCAGUUACGUCAGUAAAACAACGAGUUUGUUUAACCUUCGAGAUACUAUCCACAAGCUUCGAACAACGGCAAACCGAACAAUCUUUCAGGUUCUAUUGAAAGAAAGAAAAACAACGAAUUGAGUUUCAAGAUUUGAAGCAAAAAGUUCCUUUUCCUUAAUGUUACUUGCGCGAUUUUCUUACGCAUAAUAACUGGUCAUUCGGCGAGCUCAUCCAUAAACAUUAGACUCAGAAAAUUUUAUUCUCUAAUAAAGCGGUUAUUCAAAGGAAGUCUAACCUGCAAAUAGACGACAGGCUUAGCGGAUAAUCCGUAGUUUAUACGAGGGUUAUGGUAGCUAGAUAAUUGUUUUCCCAGACUGCACCAAAUAUCUUCUCAACAUUGUUUAUGGUACGCAGUGUUUAGACAUUACGGCUGGCCAAAUUGAAAGUGGCUUAGGAAGCGGAUUUGUCACACACUGGCCAAUACCCGUUUACAUAACCGGUCCUUUAUGUUUUGGAAACAAAUAGAAAUUUCCAUUGGGGCAUGUAAAGAUAGAGCAACAACUGAACAGACAGGAUAAAAUUCCGAAAGUUCAACGAAUGGACUGGAACGGUUUUCAGAAUUUUCGGAAAAAGAGAAACACCCCUUGAGCUAAAAUUACCGUACUGUUCCGCAUCUUCAGAAUUUUCGGUUGGUUGGUUCGCGUUUUAAGAACUUGACAGUUCUCAGAUUUUCCGGAAAAUUUCCGUAACAUUCGUUCGCAUGUCGAGAUUUCCAGAGAUUCUAAUCAAAUGGAUUGCCGUGCGGAUUUCGGAAAGGCGGGAGCAACAAGUACCUUAUAUUUCUUUCGCUUAAAUCAUCCGCCAACGAAAUCAGAAAAUUUCAAGAUCCGGAACGUUGAAACUGCAUCAUCGUUCGCAGUCCUUUGCUUAGGAUACCCAUUCCAAACUUCGUCAACAACGUUCUUUGUUGAGUGAAGAAUGUUAAAAGACGUGCGAGCCAAGUUUGAAUUGUUACGUCUCGAAAUAAAUAAUUUUCUUUGUAAGUUAUUGUUUUGUAUUUCCCCCAGACUCAAUCGUAGACAUAACAAUUAUAGUCUUGGCAAUAAUCGCUUUAGUCUUUGUACGAUACUUGUGUUUUUCUUAGCAAUCAUUGUCACCUACUUUUCCCCAAAGUGUUUGUGAUUGGACAAGAUAAUCAAGCGUCUGGUAGCUUGUUAUCUUCUUAAUUCUGCCGUUUAUAAUAAAUAGCCUUAACAACUGGAAGUGUUUACGUCGGCCUUUUCUUUUCAUUUUUCUCGCCCGCAAUUUCGUUUCCGUUUAACUCGUUUCCACUUAUUAUAAGUGGUUCAAUUUUGCUGUUUAUGUUCGUAGACAAGACGACUCUUCGCGUUACGCCACGUGGAUCGUUGAGUUCACAUGACAACGAAGUAAAUUUCAAGGGGAGAGUGCACCUGUUAAGUGCCAACAUCCCACCCAGGGGGGAAGGGUGGGGCGUGGUGGUAAGAUGAGUUUGAUAAACUCAGACAAGUCGAUGAAACCGUGGUGGAACGAGAGAGAAAUUCACAAGCUCGUUCAAAAGAGCAUGUAAAGAAACGUUAAAUUUCUGCGCCUUUUUCCAAUAGUAGGCACUAAAAUAGAAGGAAAAGUCACCGGUGAUAAGCGAGGUGUGAAUUACGACAGCAAAUCCGAAAGGCAUUCGCAAGAGCAAGUAAAGCAAAGCAUAGAAAAGACAAAUUGCUUCAUAUUGGUCGCAUUUCAGGGAACAAAAAAAAAGAAAAAUUUCCCCUUGAAAACAAAGUGGCAUCAAAACAAACUGCCCAAAGCAGAGAAACCGCAAGUGACAAUAUUGACUCAGCUUGUACGCCGUUCAAAAACACAUCGAUUUACCGACAAAUUAUAUUCCACUCUUUCAGCAAGUAAAGCGACUGGCCGAAAUAAAUAUACAAGUAACAGCAAAUCACAUAAUAAAUGAUUCCUGACCAAACAACGUAGCAGAAGCGCUUUUAGCGAGUUGAGUACGUUAAUUUUCAUGCCACGAGCAAAUCAAACUUAUUUGAGGAGGGAAACAGAAAUGUUUGCUUUCGCGACCCGAACUGUAAUUAUUUUCACUUGCUUUACGGGAAAUAAACUCUCGACUUACAAUUUCAAGUGACUUUCGACUGGCUGAGAGGCACGAAAUUCCUCUGUAAAUUUGCAUAGGCCUCGUAGAUCAGUAUAUCACGUUCUGAAAAAAUUCUACGAAAGCAAAACGCGUUACGUUUUCGAAACGAAUUAACACAAGAGACUGUAAAAUACAGAAAGAAAGUAUUAAUCUUUCUUCUUUCUUUUGAAAAUCAAUAAGUGGAAGAUCGAAAGUAAUUUGCACCUUCUUUCAUAACCAAUCAUAAUAUAUGCAACCCUUGGAAACGUGAUAGAAAACACAGCAUAUAAUGCAAAUUUAGUUAGAGCAUAAUCGAAUCGCAGUGUUGCUAAUCUUAGGAUGCUCUUAAGAGCAGCACAAUCAAAACAUUGACGAGUUUGACAAGCAAAUCUUGCUCAACAUAUCAGCGACUUUAAGCGUCAGAGGCAAGGACAAGGUUUAUUUGCCCGGGCAAUUUUUCUUUUUGACGAGUUUGCGAUAACGGAUAGAAAACCAGUUGAUAUUAAACACAGGAUAAUUUCAAGAAGAAUCCAGUAAGAGGUACGGUAUUUUUAUAACCCUUACGGAAACAAAUGCGAGCGAAAUUUAAGCUGCCGUGAGUCAUUUCUUAUACAUUUCACCUGUCUUCGCGUACAGAAACGAGAAAGUAAUAAUUUGAUUUUGCUUGCAUUUUAAAUAGGCUGCUAUCUCGACAAUGGCCGAACGCGCUCCGAGUGAAGUUAAAGACACGCUGAAACGAAUUGAAGAACAUCCAAACGUGGUUGGCGUGAUUAUAAUGGACCGAGAUGGACAGCCCGUCCAUAGCACAUUAGACGCUAUGGAGACGGCAUACUACAUUAGGCAGUGCAGCUCGUUAACGGCGAUCGCCAGGGGAACAAUACGAGAGACUGAUCCAACGGACGAUCUUCAGUUCUUCCGGAUUCGAACAAAGAAGUUUGAAAUCAUGCUCGCGCCGGAGCGCGACUAUCUACUCAUCGUCCUGCAAAACACGACAAAAAUGCCGGGGAAAUUCGUUUGA